AUGCCAUUAUCAUUAUUACUUUUUUUGUUGACAACCUUUUAUUCGAAUUCGUUCUUUUGUUUAAUAUUGAAAAAAAAAAAUCAAGCAUUCAUACCUGCAAUUACCUUACCUAAAAAUACUAAUAUACGAAACAAAUAUAAUUAUGUCAAAAAUAAUUACAAAAAUGAAAAAAUAAAAAAGAAAAAAUAUACAAAUAAAUAUAAAUUUGGAUUAUUAGAUAAAGAAAAUGAAGAUAACAGAUACAAUGAAUUAAAUAAUGAAGAUAAAUUUCAUGAAUAUGGUGUAUUAAAAGAAGAAAAUUUAUAUAAUGGAUAUGAUGAAUUGAACGAUAAAAUAAAUUCAAAUGAUUAUGAAGAAAAGAUAAAGCAAAAGCAAAAGAAAGUAGGAAACCAUAGAUAUAAUGUAUAUGAUAAUGCAAUAAAAAAGGAUAUAAAAGAAAUAGACCUAGAAAAUAUUGAUAAAAUAGAUAGAACAAAAUAUGAAUUACCUCCAUAUAUAUAUGAAGGAAUAAAAGUUUAUGAAGGUAAGUCAAUGAAUUAUGAACCAGAAGUUUAUGAUUUUCAUAAGUACAAUAAAUACUUUGAUGAAUUAUGUAAAGAGAAAAAAGUGUUAAUCGAUUCAUAUCAAUUGGAUAAAAAAUUACUAGAUGAAACAUAUUUUGAUGCAAAAAAAGGAGGACCUAAAACAUUUGGUUUUAAAUUUAAGCAAAUUCAACCAGUAAAAUAUCAUCAAGGAAGAGCAUAUACAUAUUUUUUUAUGCAUUCUCAUGAAGUUGAGUUAUCUCCUAUUUUUUUAAAUGCUUUUAGACGAGUAGCUAUAAAGCAUUUAAAAGGUGGAAGGGUCACGGCUUUAAGAAUACCUAAUAUGAAACAUGAAUUUUAUUGUAUUGUUGGUGUUAGAGAAAAUUUUUUUGAUAUAGCCCAGAACUUAAGGCAAAUAACUUUUAAAAAUGUACCUGAAGAUGCAGAUAUGGAUAAUUAUUUAAUUGGAAAAUUUAGAAUAAAAGGCCCAAUGAUUGUUGUAUCUGGACAUAUGCAAUUACCUGAAAAUGUUGAAAUCAUAAACAAAAAUCAAUAUAUAUGUUCUGUAGCUGCAGGGAGUUAUUUAGAGAUGGAUGUUAAAAUAGAAAGUAUUGAAGAAUACGUAAUGCCUGAAUACGGGACUCAAUCAAGAAAUAGAGAUAUAUGUAAAGAUAAUUUUAUUCAUUUUAGUAGUAGUUGUACUCCAGUAGAGUAUUUUGGUUUUACUGGGCAGAGAAGAGGGAUUAAUUUAGAUAUUUUAGGUGAAAUUAACAUUGUUGAAAUGCAUACAGAUGGGUCUAUUGCACCUAAAACAGCUCUUUUGAAAACUAUAGAUUACUUAUCAGAAAAUUUUCAAUAUAUAGAAAAUGCUUUAUAUCAUAAUUGCCACACAUGUGAUGAUGGUACUAUUGAAGAAGAAUUUAGGAACCCUGAAUUUUACAUGGAUAAAGAUAGGUAUAGUGAUGUUCCUUGGAAUAAGUACAAAAGCACUGCAGAAGAAUUAGAGGAUACAAAAAAAUGGUUAUAUAGAAAAGAUGUACUUAGACAAUAUAAUAUAGAUCCUGAAAGUGAUGAAUCAAAAGAAGAAAGAGAAGCAUUAUGGGAUAAAAAUCAAAAACUCCAAGAAGAAAUUGAAAAAAGAAAAGAACAAAUAAAAAAAGGACCUUCAGUGUCUGAAGGACAAAUAGUUCCAAGUGAUGAAAGGCAUGAUUGUUUGAUUGAUUGGCCUGUAGAUAAAUCAGAAAGAAAUAUGGAUCCACCUCGGUGGGUUGUCGAAAGACCUUUAGAAAAAAAUCCACAUAUAGGUAAUGAAGAAAUUUAUGACGAAGGAAUAUGA